AUGAUGCAAACAUUUUCCCCGAACCAACAGGCCGGCACUACUCAACAACAGCAGCUGGCGCUUCAACAACAAGCCCAACAGCAGGCUCAGGCCCAGCAACAACAGCAGCUAGCUCAGCAACAGCAGCGCUGGCAAGCCCAACAGCAGCAGGUGACUUAUCAGCUGGUUGCCCAUCAGUCUCUGCUAGGAAGUAUCAAUUAG